AUGACGGAGAACAUCGAGCUAUGGGAUGCGAGCUCAUCCCAUAAGGAAACUUUCAAUAAGGACAAGUUGAAAAAGUUUUUACAGACAUUAACUUUCAGUUUGAAUGCAGAAUAUAUCGAAUUGGAUACGUUGGUGGAAAAGAUUCUUGUGGGGAUACCAAAUGAACCUACGGAGCGCUCCAAAUUUGUGUCAUAUGUGGCGGAAACCGUAGCCGGUUCAACCAGCGCACAUCCAGAUUAUUCCAUCUUGGCUGCGAGAGUAGAAAUUAGAGAGUUACACAGAAUCAUAGGUGAUGCAACUUUUACCGAGAAUUUAGCCAAACUAAGGAAAAUUAGUCGUGAAGUGACAGAAGACGCUACGAAAAGACGGAAAAUAACUAGAGACUUAUCCAAAAAUUUGAUAUCGGACGAAUUUUAUCAGUAUGCUCUUAAAUUCAAGGAUAAAAUUGACCAGGCAAUAGACAAGUCAAGAGAUUACAACUUCACUUAUUUUGGAUGGAAGACUCUUUGCAAAUCAUAUUUGAUGAAGAGAAACAAUGAACAAACUCAUGAGACUCCACAGUUUAUGUUUAUGAGAGUUGCUUUAGCUAUUCAUGGGCCCUUCGAUGAUAUUGAUUCGGUAUUAGAGACGUUUGAGUUAAUGUCACAAAAAUAUUUCAUUCAUGCUUCGCCAACAUUGUGUAACAGCGGUACUGUUAAUCAAUACUUGUCAUCAUGUUUCCUUGUUGGGAUGGAAGACGAUUCCAUAGACGGAAUUUACAAAACGUUACAUAAGACCGCUUUGAUCUCGAAGGCAUCUGGUGGUGUCGGGAUACACGUUUCAAAUAUCCGUGCAAAUGGAGCAUAUAUCUCAGGUUCCAACGGAACAUCCAAUGGCCUUGUGCCAAUGUUAAGGGUUUUCAAUAACACUGCCAGGUAUGUUGAUCAAGGUGGAAAUAAAAGACCAGGAGCAUUCUGUAUAUAUUUGGAGCCCUGGCAUGCAGACAUAAUUGACUUCUUGCAACUGAGAAAGAAUCAUGGCAAAGAGGAAAUGAGGGCAAGAGAUUUGUUUUAUGCCCUCUGGAUACCUGAUCUCUUUAUGAAGCGGGUUGAGAAUAAUGAAGACUGGUCAAUUUUUUCCCCAGAUGAAGCACCUGGGCUAACUGAUUGUUAUGGUGAUGAAUUUGAUAAGCUUUAUGAAAGAUACGAGAAAGAACUAAUUCCUAGGAAAAAAAUGAAAGCGCAACAAAUUUGGUCAGAGAUACUUCAAAGUCAAACGGAGACUGGAGUGCCGUUCAUGCUCUAUAAAGAUGCAUGUAAUAAAAAAUCUAAUCAGAAAAAUCUCGGCGUUAUCAAAUCAUCUAAUCUUUGCUGCGAAAUUGUCGAGUACAGCUCUCCAGAAGAGGUUGCUGUCUGUAAUCUAGCAUCUGUUGCCUUACCUACUUAUGUCAAUUUGAGUUCCGAUGGACCGCCUGUAUUUGACUUCGUGAAACUACAUCAUGUUGUUAAGGUUCUCGUUAAAAAUUUAGAUAGGACUAUCGAUGUGGGAAAAUAUCCUGUUCCUGAGGCUAGAAAUGGAAAUAUAAGAAACAGGCCUUUGGCUAUUGGGGUUCAAGGGUUGGCAGACACAUUCAUGCUCUGCCGUACUCCAUUUGAAUCGGUUGAUGCCGCGACUUUAAACAAACAGAUUUUUGAAACCAUAUAUCACGCUGCUAUCGAGGCUUCCACAGAACUAGCUGAACUAUUUGGUCAUUAUGAGAGUUUUCCUGGGUCUCCUGCCUCAGAAGGCCAGCUUCAAUUUGAUUUAUGGUCAUUGAACAAAGAUAACUACAAGUUUUUAUUUGAUGAUUGGGAUUCUUUGAAGUCAAGGAUUACCAAGGGUAAAGGACUGCGUAAUUCUCUAUUGGUUGGCCCAAUGCCAACGGCAUCUACUUCCCAGAUUUUAGGAUUCACUGAAUCUUUUGAACCUAUGACAUCAAAUAUAUACUCCAGAAGAGUCUUGUCGGGUGAAUUUACAAUUAUCAACCAAUACAUGGUGGAUGACUUUUGCCAGUUGGGAAUUUGGAAUGAAAAGUUGAAAAAUCGUAUUCUUAGAGACAAUGGAUCAAUACAAACGAUAGAAGGGAUUCCAGAAGAGGUGAAGAAUUUAUACAAAACCGUGUGGGAAACCUCUCAAAGGAAAAUGAUUGAUUUAUCCAGUGAUAGAGCACCCUUUAUUGAUCAGUCGCAGUCUCUCAACCUUUACCUUCGUGAACCUACCAUGGGUAAGCUUACUGCUAUGCAUUUCUAUACCUGGAAGAAGGGCUUAAAGACUGGUAUGUACUACCUCAGAACCCAAGCAGCUUCAAGGGCAAUUCAAUUUACUCUAAAUGAUGAGAACACGCUCUUAGAUAAAGUCACCACUAAAGUCAAAGAUUCUCGCCCUCUUCAUCCAAAGAAAUUCCUUGGACAAUACCCUAAACAUGCAAAUGACGAUAAUCACAAAGCAGAUAAGAUUUUGCCAAUUGAAGAUACUUAUGGAAUUCAUGACUCUACCCCAUUGGUUUGUAACAUUAUUGAAGGGAGUACUUGUGAAAGUUGUUCCGGUUAG